CAGGUGGCCUUUCUCCAGGGCGAGAGGAAAGGGCAAGAGAACCUAAAGACAGACCUGGUGCGGCGGAUCAAGAUGUUAGAGUAUGCGCUGAAGCAGGAAAGGGCCAAAUAUCAUAAACUGAAGUUUGGGACAGACCUGAACCAGGGGGAGAAGAAACCAGAUGUGUCAGAACAAGUCUCCAAUGGCCCCGCGGAGUCGGUCACGCUGGAGAGCAGCCCGCUGGUGUGGAAGGAGGGGCGGCAGCUUCUCCGACAGUACCUGGAGGAGGUAGGCUACACAGACACCAUCCUCGACAUGCGGUCCAAGCGCGUCCGUUCCCUGUUGGGCCGCUCGCUGGAGCUCAAUGGGGCUGCAGAGCCUAGCGAAGGGGUCCCCAGGGCCACGCCGGGCCCUGGGGGGCUCAGUGGCGGUGAGUCACUGCUGGUGAAGCAGAUCGAGGAGCAGAUAAAGAGGAACGCGGCGGGCAAAGAUGGCAAAGAGCGCCUGGGCGGCUCAGUGCUGGAGCAGAUCCCCUUCCUGCAGAACUGCGAGGACGAAGACAGUGACGAGGACGAUGAGCUGGACAGCGUGCAGCACAAGAAGCAGCGCGUGAAGCUCCCCUCCAAGGCCCUGGUGCCUGAAAUGGAAGAUGAGGAUGAGGAAGAUGACUCCGAGGACGCCAUCAAUGAGUUUGAUUUCCUGGGCUCAGGAGAGGAUGGGGAGGGGUCUCCAGAUCCUCGGCGUUGUACCGCAGAUGGGGGCCCCCACGAGCUGGAAAGCCGGCGGGUCAAGCUCCAGGGCAUCCUGGCUGACCUUCGGGAUGUGGACGGGCUGCCCCCCAAAGUGACCGGCCCGCCUCCUGGCACCCCCCAGCCCCGGCCACACGAAGGUUCCUUUGGCUUCUCCUCAGACGUUUUCAUCAUGGACACUAUCGGGGGCGGGGAGGUGAGCCUGGGGGACUUGGCAGAUCUCACCGUCACCAACGACAACGACCUCAGCUGUGACCUGUCUGACAGCAAAGAUGCCUUCAAGAAGACCUGGAACCCUAAGUUCACCCUGCGCUCACACUACGACGGCAUCCGCUCCCUGGCCUUCCACCGCAGCCAGGCGGCGCUGCUCACCGCCUCCGAGGACGGCACGCUCAAGCUCUGGAACCUGCAGAAGGCGGUCACGGCCAAGAAGAAUGCUGCGCUAGAUGUGGAACCUAUCCACGCCUUCCGGGCGCACAGGGGCCCUGUGUUGGCAGUCGCCAUGGGCAGCAACAGCGAAUACUGUUACAGUGGCGGGGCAGAUGCCUGCAUCCACAGCUGGAAGAUUCCAGACCUCAACAUGGACCCCUAUGAUGGCUACGACCCAAGCGUGCUGAGCCACGUCCUGGAGGGCCACGGGGACGCGGUGUGGGGCCUGGCCUUCAGUCCCACCUCCCAGCGCCUGGCCUCCUGCUCCGCUGACGGUACCGUCCGCAUCUGGGACCCCAGCAGCAGCAGCCCGACCUGCCUCUGUACCUUCCCCACAACCAGUGAACACGGGAUCCCCACCUCAGUGGCCUUCACCAGCACCGAGCCUGCCCACAUCGUGGCCUCCUUCCGCUCUGGCGACACUGUCCUGUAUGACCUGGAGGCUGGCAGUGCUCUCCUCACACUGGAGUCCCGGGGCAGCAGCGGCCCGACCCAGAUCAACCAAGUAGUGAGUCAUCCAAACCAGCCCCUCACCAUCACCGCCCACGACGACAGGGGCAUCCGCUUCCUGGACAAUCGGACAGGUAAAUCCGUGCACUCCAUGGUUGCCCACCUGGAUGCGGUCACCUGCCUAGCCGUGGACCCCAAUGGCGUAUUCCUGAUGUCAGGAAGCCACGACUGCUCCCUGCGUCUGUGGAGCCUGGACAACAGAACCUGCGUGCAGGAGAUCACGGCCCACCGCAAGAAGCACGAGGAGGCCAUCCACGCCGUCGCCUGCCACCCCAGCAAGGCGCUCAUCGCCAGCGCUGGUGCCGACGCCCUGGCCAAGGUCUUCGUAUGAUGCCCGCCUGACCCCGCCCUGGCCGCGCACGGGCUGCGGAGCGGGGCGGGCGGAUGGGGCUGAGGUGACACUCAGCUUCACGCCAGAGGUGCAGAGGCCUGGCCUCUUCCCAGCUGCAGCGGAGCCCAGUGGUGCUAGUGGCCCUUUCCCCAGGAAUCCCUCCCCCACGGCUCCCUCCCCGAGCAUCUGGCUUGGGGAUGCGCCCCUUUCAGGAAUCACCCCUAGAGGACGGUCUCUGGGGGUUUCUCCCUGGGCCCAGACACCCGCUCCUGGUAUCAGAGCUGCCUUCUGGAGGUAGCACGGCCAGGGCGGGGUGUUUUUGAGGAUGUUUUUCCAAGAUGGCAGAAGGUGCCAGGUUCUCCCCUUGAGCUCCUGCCCCCUUCCUCUCCGUCUCCCAGGCCUGGCGGGAGCUGUGCCGGGAAGAAUCCCAGACGGAUGCCCCUCCUGGGUGGGGCCGGAGCCGCAGAGUUGAGCCCUGGGCCCGGCCCCUCCCCCGUCCCCUCUCCACUGCUUUCCAGACACUAACCAAGGCCUCCAGGCCGGGAACUGCCCACCGCUCCUCCCGGGGCAGCCCUCCCAGCCCGCGCAGGGUCACCCAUGGGGAGAGAUGGCCUUCUCGUGCCCCCAACCCCGGGGCGUGGAGGGUGGAGUAGGGUGCCCUGGGCCCCCUUAACUCCCUGUAUAUCUGUAUAAAUAACAGGAUUUUAAUGCCCCGCCCACGUUAUCACUGUGUGAUAGUCUUGGUCAGUCUCCAUCCUGGCCCUCCACUCUUUCCCUCUAUUUAUUUCACUCUCUUCCGUUCCACCCUGUGCCCUCAGUCCCCCUCCCGGGUUCCUGUUUAUAAGCCCCAUCCCUUCGGCCCCUGUCUUGUAUGUGAAAACUUGUCUCAAUAAACCCUUUG